AUGGUUUGGAACUCACAGUCAUGUGUUACAGAGAAUUCUACAAUUUUUAAACAAGGCAAAGUCCAGGGCAGGAUAUCAAACACUACUUGUGCUAUUUUCUUCUGCAACACCUACAGCAAAUGGGAAUGGUAUUGCUAUGUUGUGAUUAUACUGUGCUUUUUAGUUCUGCUGUUAGGAAUUCUGGGGAAUGCAUUCACACUACUCUGCUACUUAUACACAGUGAAAUCCUGGACCAGUAGCACUAUAUUUUUGUUCAAUUUGGCCCUGUGUGACUUCACUUGGAUUCUCUUGGUCCCCUUUUCAGUCUACUACCACCUACAUAAGCAGGCACUAUACUCCACUCAAGUAUUCUGCCAGUUUAAAAGAACAUUUUUUGACAUCAACAUCUAUGGAAGCAUCUAUUUCCUCACUUUAAUUAGCUUUGAUCGGUACGUAGGUGCAGUCCAUCCUAUCCGUUCAUUAAAAUGGUGGAAUAAAAGCAAGGCUGUGUUUUGUGCCGUUGUCAUAUGGUUCUUUAUCCUAACAGAGUCUGUUCCCAAUUUUUACUACACAUUUGUGGUUCAAAGACAAAGGGAGGCAGUUGCUUGUCUGGAUAAUUUUGGAGAACCCUUAUACUUCGUGGUGCCUUUCACAAUUUUCAGAGUCUUGUUUGGAUUCCUCGUUCCAAUCACAGUCAUCUUCACAUGCUACACAUGGACCCUGAAAGCCUUACGAAAAAUGACAACACGCCAACAGAGAAGACACAGAAUUGUUAAGCCCUUGAUUUUGGUUUCAGCAGCAAUGAUUGUUUUUGCUGUGGCAUUUAUUCCUUACCAUGUUGUGAUUACAGCAGCACUAAUUUACAGAAUGAAUGACCAACUCAACUCUGAAAAUAUAAGCCUGAUAUUCACCAUCUAUAAGCUCACAGAAAUAAUUUGUAGUAUUAGCAGUUGCCUAAACCCAUUCAUUUUUAUGCUAGCAAGUACGAAAUUCCAAGAGAAGUUCAAAACUAUCCAGUGGUCUCAUAAAUGCAGGUUUCUUUGCUGUCAGUCACAUAAAGUGAGGGAUAUUGCAACUGAACUGUGAUACAUACAGCCAUGGGAAGAUGUUUCAGAAGAAGAUGAACAUUAUCUCACACUUUGUGUCUUUUGCUUUGAUCAUACUUAUUGAGGCAAGCAAUUUCUUUUGCUGGAUGAAGCUUUGUUAACACAUGGGCAAUCUUUUCAAGGUCAUAGAUCCUUUAUUUAGGCAUUGAGUAAGAGAACUGGAGAAGAGAGUGCUAUGAAGCUCAACCACUCCUCACACCUUCUACUAAGGUUACAGUCUGACCAAUUUCAUGAUUUUUGAGUCUUCAUCAAAGUUCCUCUGUCAUACUCUGGAAUGACAUACUUUUCUCUCCCCUUUCUAUUUUGUGUCAUAUCUUGUCUACAUUGUACACCUGUGGUUCGUUAUUUACUGACUAAUUGUAAGCAGAUACAGGAGUCUUUUUUGGCUAAGGAAAUAAUAUUGUAAAUAAAAUAUUAAAUAAAUAGUUCAAUUGAUCUGAGAAGGACUUGCCUAGGGGACCUUCCAGUAUGAAAGAGGUACUUUAUUACUCUAUCUUGAAAGAAUAUGGCAACUCCCAAAUCUUACCACCAUAUUCUGGUUAUUUCCGGAUUUGCCUAUUGCUUAGGUGUAAAAUGAUUGCUUUAUCGGAAAUACCCUAGCUGUAUGGUUUUUGGUUGUCUCUGAAGGUGGGGAGAAUGGUUGGAGGUAGGGGCCUAUCCCAUUGAGGCUGGUGGUUCCACUGUUGGUGAGGCACAGUGUAAGUAUUCUGGGUUUUAGUCUGAAUUUUUAAGGAUCUACCCAUGGUGCUGAACCUAUUUUAGGGAUACAGUUCAGUACUAUGGAUAGAUACUUAAAAGUUCAAACUGAAACUCAGAGACAACACACUGCUGUAUUGGCAAUGGGGCCACCAGUUGUUGAUCACAUGGGUCCCAAACAUAAAACUGGUACUCUGCAGGGAAGAAGCACUGAUAUUGUGGGAAAGAACUGCAUGACUGGCCCCUGAUGAAACUGGUACACAAAUUGAAUGUUAUCCUGUCCUUGUAAAACCUGCUAACAUGAAGCAAGUCCUACAUGGCUAAGGGAAUGUGUAUAGGGCCCCAUCUGUUCUUGUAUAUAGUUGCAAGUAGAACAAUGUAAGCAUCCAAUUUGUGCCAUGUCACUCAAACUGACAGAAUCUAGUAAAUCAUGAAGUCAGCUCCCUUAUAAAGGAUUUAACAAAGUAUUUAAAGUGUAUAAAAGGGUGGAGUGAGAAGGUGGACUCCUCCCUCAAAAUGAUGAUACUCCAUUGCAUUCUAAAAUUUGUUCCUACUAUGCAGUAUCUCACAAAAACCCCAAAUCAAGGUAUAUGGCUGUCUAUUAGUUUUUACAUUUAAAUUCCACUCUGUAAGCACCUCUCAAAUUGUUUCAGAAUAUACAAAAUAAUGGCAGUAUCACAAUGGAUUCUACAAGAAAAGAGAAAUAGAAUUAUAAAAACAGUCACUUCAAAAUUACAGUGUUAAUAAUCUCAAGAGAAUCUGG